AUGUCGGGUAUCCCACAAGCUGCUGCGAAGGAGAACGGCGGAGUGUCAUUUCCUUAUCCGAUGCUAAACCCUCACAAUUACACUGUGUGGGCGAUAAAGACAGAGGCGAUUCUAGAUGCCCAGGGAGUCUGGGAGACGGUGGAGCCAGCAGAAGGAGCCCAGGUAGAUGCAAAGAAGGACAAAAAGGCACGUGCAUAUAUCUUGCAGUGUGUCCCCGAAGACAUCCUUCUCCAGAUCGCAAAUAAGAAGACGGCGAAGGAAGUCUGGGAUAGCCUCAAGACGAGGUAUCUUGGUAGUGAUCGGGUGAAGAAGGCACGCGUACAAACAUUGAAGAGCGAGUUUGACGCCCUCCGGAUGAAGGAGACCGAGACGAUUGAUGAGUUUGCUGGCAAACUCAGCGCCUUGAGCAGCAAGUUCUCCACCCUUGGUGCCACACUUGAAGAUUCCUCUCUGGUAAAGAAGUUGCUCGAUUCUGUCCCUGAUAAAUUCUUCCCUAUUGUUGCCGGUAUUGAGCAGUUCCACGACCUUGAGACUAUGCCUUUUGAGGAGGCUAUAGGGCGACUGAAGGCGUACGAGGAACGAACACUACGAUUACAUGGCAACACCAACAACACUGAAGGUGAGCUCCUACUUACUCAUGCCGAAUGGCAAAUGCGACAGAAAGGAAGCAAUGUGGACACUUCAUCAAGAGGCAAGGGGCGUGGAUCCAGCAAUCCCAAUCGUGGCAAUUGGCGUGGACGUGGGCGAGGGCGCGGACGUGGCCGUGGUACGCAGCGCCAAGACAGUGCAGGAGGCACUAGCAGCAACAACAGUGGCACUCGGGACAAGAAACAUAUAAAAUGUUUCAAUUGUGAGAAAAUGGGGCACUAUGCAUCUGAAUGCUACAGCAAGCCUCAUAGAGAUGAGGCUCACCUCACUUGCGUCGCCGAUGAAGAACCAACACUGAUGAUGACAGUGUACCACGAGGAGUCUCACACUAGGCAUGAGCGGCAAGAUAUCAUUCUGCUCAACGAAGAACGACUUCUACCAGAGAUGUAUCGCAACGCUAAGAAAGAAGAAGAUCAAGACGUUUGGUAUCUUGACAACGGUGCCAGCAACCACAUGACUGGCCAUCGUGAGAAGUUUCAAGAACUAGAUGAAACCAUCACCGGGAGGGUGAGGUUUGGCGAUGGAUCAACCAUUGAGAUCAUGGGCAAAGGGACGGUUGUGUUCGAAUGCAAGAACGGUGAUCAGAAGGCUAUCCACGAGGUAUACUACAUUCCGAAACUUUGUAGUAAUAUCAUAAGUCUUGGUCAAUUGACAGAAAUUGGGAACGAGGUGCACAUGGAAGGAGAUACCAUGAAGGUGAUUGAUAGGAGCGGGAAGCUCUUGAUACAGGUAAAGCGAACACAAAAUCGCUUGUACAAGAUAACCUUGAAGACAUUCAAGCAAGUCUGUCUCAUAGCAAGCUUAGAAGACCCAACCUGA